AAUAUUCCGCAAUCCAUUAGAGACAAACCAUCUAAAAAAAUGUUUAGAAAAACACUUUUACACUGGUACCUUGCUCAAUACUAAUGAAAACAUUAUCUCUUUAUAACUUUCUGAGCUAUUUUGUCAUUUUUCCUCUUCUUUUUCUUUUUCUUUUUCUUAAUAAUCUCAAGUUAUACAUAACUUUAAGGGACACGAAAUUAGUUUAUCUAGAUGUGCCCCUCUCCUCUCCUUCCAAUAUACAAUGUAAUUCAAUUUAAGUGAUGUAAUUUCUGUUUUUUGCGUUUUUUUUCUUUCUUACAAAUCACUAUCAGUUACUAUCUACUUUCUUUACAUUAUAUUUACAUAUCUAUGUAUUAGCUAGAAAUUGGAGGAAUAAAAAAAAAAACAAAAAAAAACAUGUACAUGCCCAAAUUCAAUACUUACAUUGUACACACAAGGAGCUGUUAAUUAAAGCCACUUUUUUGUUACAAGUUUCCAACAAAGAUUUUCAAUUUUGUUCCAUUUGAUCGCAGAAAAAAAUGUGGUUACUUAUUUACAAAAUUAUGUAUUAUUUACAGAUGUUAACUGUGAGAAUUUCUUGAUAGAUUUUGAUCAAGGAUUCCCCAGAACUUUUGAAGCUCAUGGAUGAAUUCAAGUUUAAGCUUAAGGAAGUUAUAGAAAAGCUCCACCCCCUUGUAAAAAUGGCAAGAGCUGGACAAGUUCCCAAAGAGGGAGCAGACUACCUUGAACUGAAGCACCAGCUCUACCUCAAUUAUUGUGUCAACAUUGGGUUUUACCUAUUGCUGAAAGCAAGACAAACCUCCGUAAGAGAUCACCCUGUAAUUGAACGACUGGUGCAGUACAAAAAGGUGAGAAAAACAAAGAAUCAGAUUCAGAUUCAUCAACGGCUAUAUUACAAUCAAGCAGAUAUUGACAUCUUUUCCAAUGGAACUAACUGGAAUCCUUUCUUACCACCACAGCUUAAGGAAGUUAUAGAAAAGCUCCACCCCCUUGUAAAAAUGGCAAGAGCUGGACAAGUUCCCAAAGAGGGAGCAGACUACCUUGAACUGAAGCACCAGCUCUACCUCAAUUAUUGUGUCAACAUUGGGUUUUACCUAUUGCUGAAAGCAAGACAAACCUCCGUAAGAGAUCACCCUGUAAUUGAACGACUGGUGCAGUACAAAAAGCUCAUAACAGAACUUGAACCGCUGGAUGAGAAAUUGAAGCCAGAGAUAGAGGUGCUUCUUUCGCGAGGGCAAAUCUCCAGUGAACAAAAUGCUUUACAAGAAAAGUCAAACCCUAGUGGUCACCAUAAUAAGAAAAGAUCCAAAAAGCUUUCCCAACGUACUGGAAAACUAUCCUCUCUUCUUGGUGACGAUGAGAGUGACGCGGAAGAUAGUGAAGACAAGACUAGCGACGGCGGAACAAGGAAGACAGAAAAGGAAGGAAAGGUAAAGAAAUCGAAGACAGAUAAGAAAAGGAAGAGGAAGGUACAGGUAGAAGGUAAAGCAGACGCGAUGGACCCGUUGGAAUACUACGAAGCAGUCAAACUUCAGAAGAAAAAGAAAAAAGAGGCCAAGGAAGCGACAUUUAGUUUCGCGGAACAGAGGGUUGCGGACGAAGAAGAAACUGGAGACGGAAAAAGAGGGAUAACAUACGAGAUUUCUCAGAACAAGGGUCUUACGGCCAAGAAGAAGAAAGAACUUCGCAACCCUCGUGUAAAACACAGAAGGAAAUUUUACAAGGCUCAGAUAAAGCGUAAAAGUCAGGUCCUGCCAGUUGUAAACGAGCAAAACCGGUAUGGUGGCGAGAUGACAGGAAUACGGUCGAAUCUGACCAGGAGUAUCAAAAUCAAAUAAUGGAACACGUCAUUCAAUUAAUACAAUGCUGCCUCUCCACGGCGUCUUUAUAUCCUAGAAACUUUCACAUUCACUAUGUAUCCACAUUUGUGUUGACCUGGUGAAAAUUUAUUCUUACUUUAUUUUAAAUGGCGUUGUUUCACGCUCUAUACAGCUAUUCAACCAACGAAAGUUCAAUAUUUAUGCUGUCACGAUUUCUGCGCGUGACAUGUGUUUCUCCAGGCAGAACAGUGCUGGAUGUUGGUGAACUACCCGAUUUUUGCAACAACUUUGCUUAGUCGUCAUGGCUACGUCCACGCGAACUCCGCCUUUGAUUGCUUGGUUUAUAAAUUAAUUCUAAUUUAAAAACCAGUCGUGUAAACGGUAUUCAACGUUUCAUGGUAACUUUUGAUCAAAUCUGCGCAAGUAUAAACUAUUUUCAAACAUUAAAGUCAUGUACGUCUUGUAUUAACUUAAUGUUUAGGGUUCGUAAACACAUUCAAACAUUACUCAUCCAAGAUAUACCCAUAUGACUAGGCUUGAAAAAAUAUCAAUAUAAUGAAAUUUAAAUACCUUGGUAUUCUCCUCCCCCAUUUCCCUCUAUUAAAAGAAAAACACCUUUGUGAUAAAUGCAAAGACAAAAUUAAAGUACAUGCACUUUUCCAUAAUUCUGAAAAUUCUCUAGCUGAUUAAGACACGAACUUUGUUCGGAAUUUGCCUGAGGCACUUAGCGACCAUCAAACUAGAAGAAGAAAACACAGAAAGCAUUGUAGAUUCUCCUAGGGCGAAGAACGUUUUGUGCUCGAAGGGAGUUAUGCGCUUUCUACCAUCUUCGCCCGACCCUUGAAGGCAACUGCACCACGUUGGGUCUCGCAGGGGCCAAAAUCGGAGGAGGCGUAAUUAAGUCUCUGCGUUUGAUCUAGUGUAUUCCAGACGAAUCAGUUGCUACUUUAACACCUCCGAACAAGCCUGUAUAAACCAUAUGAUUAUACCGCAAUAUUUUGGUGCCAUGGAAACUGUUGAGGUUGACGGCUAUAAACUAGAUGCGGGCAUUGCCUUUGUCUUUUAUAAGUUUUCGUAUCUCCUCUUUUACGUAAUAGUUAUCGCAAAACCAAGAUCAGGCUUUACAGUGACACAUGAGCCCCGUUCUUCCAGCACCAUACUUGUCUUCUCCAGUAACCGUACUGCUGUAUAUUUACAUAAUAAUAUUCAGGACCAAGCAGUGAUCAGUAGUGCGAACUCUACCUUACAUUUCCGCAAGCUGUAAAAUAGCUGUACUUUUAUCUCUUUUAAAGACACGGAUUCGAAGAAGGGAGCAAACGUUGUAUGCCAGAAUUUAAAGAAAUUGUAGAGGAAUGCAGGCGAAAGUUACUAGAAAACUACAAAUAAAAAACACAAAGUAGACAAAGCGAAAAGAACAAUGGAGAGAAGCAUUGGGAUUGAAAUCUCCCGUGAUAAUCAGGUGAAUUUACGGGACCGUCCCCAUUUCUUCAUGUGCCCCUCUCUCCGUACAUACUUCUCUCAAAAAACGAACAACUUCAGCAAAAAAUAUAUAUAUAUUUAUGGAAUACAUAUUGCACGAGCCAAGAAAUAAUGAGAACGUCUGAUCGCGGGUUAGGCAAGUUCGAACUUUCUCGAUCCUCUACCAUUCGCUAUUCCGAUUUUGAACCUGAGAGACUUGAAAUUGGACAUUUUAACAGUGGAAAUAAAAAGUGAAAAUGGUGAUACUGAUAAGAAAAUAUUAAAAAAAAAAACGGUUCAAGAGGUGGGUUUUAUAUCAUGGUAAAACGAAAACGAAUGCGAAAAUAUGUAAAGCUACUUUGAUUUUUUGUUUCGUUUCCUCAGAACGACACGGUAUUGUUUUGGCUUCAGGGGUGAACUAUAUUUACACA